AUGGAUAGUUUUGAUGUGAAUAUUCAGGAUCGUAUUCGUAGAGAAUAUGUUGCCAAAGGUCCUUGCCAACCAAAAAGCCAUGAUUUUCCAAAAAAACAAUAUGGAAAAGAUAAGAGAGGGUUUAGGGAUGUUUGGUAUAAAGAUUAUGUUUGGCUUGAAUAUAGUACGACAACAGAUGCUGCGUAUUGUUUUUGGUGUUUUCUUUUCAAGCGUGGUUAUUUAGCACCGGGAGAUGAAGCAUUUGUUAGUGGUGGUUUCUCUAAUUGGAAGAAGGCUAAUGAAAGAUUUAGAGCCCAUGUUGGGUCAACGGGUAGUUCACACAACAAAGCUAGAAUUGAAUAUGAAAAUUUUGUAAAUCAAAAGCAGAGUGUGACUUAUAUUGUUAGUAGAGUUAGCUCAAAACAAGAGAAGGAAUAUAGGAUUCGUUUGACUGCAACUCUUGAUGUUAUUCGAUUCCUUUUGAAUCAAGGUUUGGCUUUUAGAGGACAUGAUGAGACAUCAACUUCUUCAAAUAGGGGCAACUUUCUAGAGCUAUUAUAUUGGUAUAGUUUAAGGAAUGAUGAAGUUGGUCAAGUUGUAUUGAACAAUGCUCCUGGAAAUAAUCAAAUGAUUGCUCCAUCAAUUCAAAAAGAAAUAGUUAAUGCAUGUGCAGUUGAAACUACGCUAGAAAUAAUGAAGGAACUUGGUGAUAAAUUAUUUUCCAUAAUGGUUGAUGAGUCUCGAGAUUGCUCGGUGAAGGAGCAAAUGGCUAUUGUUAUUAGAUAUGUGAACAAAAAUGGAGAGAUAAUAGAAAGAUUUUUAGCCUUAGUUCAUGUUAAAGAAACUUCAUCAAAAUGCUUGAAAAUGACAAUUGACUUCGUAUUUUCUAAGUUGGGAUUAUCUUUGUCAAGAUUGAGAGGUCAAGGAUAUGACGGGGCUUCAAAUAUGAGGGUAUGUAAGGCAAAUCGACAUGUUUCUGAUUUUUUCAACUAUCUCAGUCCGAUUGUUACAGUCUGUGGAUCUUCUUGCAAAAGGGCAGAUAUACUCCGACAAAAUGAAUAUGAUAGAAUGGUUGAAAUGAUUGAGAAAGGGGAAAUCAGUUCAGUCAAAGUACUUGAAACAGUAUUUGAAGAUGGGGUCGAUCCAGAAAUAGGUGGCAAAUCUAAAGGGUUGCUUCAAAAGAUGGAAAAUUUUGAUUUUGUGUUUCUCAUGAUGUUGAUGAAACGCUUGUUGGGUAUGACUGAUGCACUAUCUUGUGCGCUGCAAUAUAAAGAUCAAAAUAUUUUGAAUGCUAUAAAUUUGAUAGUGACUGUGAAAGAGGACUUGCAAGCAUUUCGAGAAUCUGGAUGGGAUGAUUUCUUGCAAGAAGUGGAAGCAUUUUGCCGGGCAAAUGAAAUUGAUGUUCCUAUCAUGGACGACAUUGUUCCAAGACGUAUUCGCAUGAAGAAUGAUGGAAAAACUAUUACAAACUAUCAUUAUUAUUGUGUUGAAAUUUUUUGUCAGGUUGUUGACUUAAUUAGUCAAGAAAUGAGGAAUCGUUUUCCUGAAUCCAGCACCGACUUACUCGAAUGUAUGGUAUGCCUUGAUCCAAGAAAUCAUUUCUCCAAUAUCAAUGUCGAUAAACUUAUUCAUCUUGCCACUCUUUAUCCGGAAGACUUUUCAUCCAUGGAGCUUAGCUUGUUAACUCAAGAACUUCGAAGUUUCGUGAGUGAUGCAAGAACAGAUACACGUUUCUCAGAUGUUGAAGAUUUAGGAACUCUUUCACAGAAGAUGGUUGAAAUGAUGAAAGAUAAGAUUUUCAAAUUGGUUUAUCGGUUGAUAAAAUUGGUCUUACUUUUACCAGUAGCGACAACAUCUGUUGAAAGAGUGUUUUCUGCAAUGAAAUUUGUGAAGUCAGAGCUGCGAAAUAAGAUGGGAGAUGACUGGUUAAACGACGAUUUGAUGGUAUAUAGCGAGAAGGAGGUGUUUGCAACUAUUCCCAAUGAAAUGAUUUUGAGUCGUUUUCAGAAAAUGGCUACUCGAAGAAGCCAACUAUCUCGCAUAGCAUAA